CCACAGCGUUUCACGCGUCCCAGCCGCCGCCUUCUCCCCCCCCUGCCUCUGGAAGGGCUGGGCUAUUCCCUCGCUUGGCGGGAAAGGACAGGGGAGGGAUCGAACCUUAACCAAUAUAAAAGCCGGCUUAUCGGACUCGCUGUAGUAAUUCCAGCGAGAGACAGAGGGAGCGAGCGGGCGGACCCGCCGGAGUGAGCUAAGCGAGCCGGGCGAGCAGAGUCGCACUCUGGGCGCCCAGGGCAGGGCGACACGGCGCGAGAAGAGGCUUUGCCUCCGGCACAGCCGCCGCCUCCCCACCCUUCCCGCUGACCCCAGCCGGAGACCCGCAACCCUCGCCGCAUCCACGAAACUUUGCCCAUUGCAGAGGGCCGGCACUUUCCCCUGGAACUUACAACACCCGAGCGAGAACGCGACUCUCCAGACGCGGGGAGGAUCUUCUGCCUAUUUGGGGAGACACUUCUCCCUGCCGCUGCCUGAAAGGCGCUCCUAGCCCCUUUUUAGAAGCUGGAAUUCCUUCGGGUAGUGGGAAACCCGGCCGCCGCGAUGCCCCUCAACGUCAGCUUCGCCAACAGAAACUAUGACCUCGACUACGACUCCAUGCAGCCCUAUUUCUUCUGCGACGAGGAGGAGAACUUCUACCACCAGCAGCAGCAGAGCGAGCUGCAGCCGCCGGCGCCCAGCGAGGAUAUCUGGAAGAAAUUCGAGCUGCUGCCCACCCCGCCCCGCUCGCCCAGCCGCCGCUCGGGACUCUGCUCGCCCUCCUAUGUCGCGUUCGCGUCCUUCUCACCCAGGGAGGUUGACGACGGCGGCGGCGGCAGCUUUUCCACCGCAGACCAGUUGGAGAUGGUGACCGAGCUGCUGGGAGGAGACAUGGUGAACCAGAGCUUCAUCUGCGACCCGGACGACGAGACCUUCAUCAAAAACAUCAUCAUCCAGGACUGCAUGUGGAGCGGCUUCUCCGCAGCCGCCAAGCUGGUCUCGGAGAAGCUGGCCUCCUACCAGGCGGCGCGCAAAGACGGCGGCGGCCGAAGCCCCGCCCGAGGGCACGGCGCCUGCUCCACCUCCAGCCUGUACCUGCAGGACCUGAGCGCCGCCGCCUCCGAGUGCAUCGACCCCUCCGUGGUCUUCCCCUACCCGCUCAACGACGGCGGCUCGCCCAAGCCCUGCGCCUCCCCCGACUCCAGCGCCUUCUCCCCGUCCUCGGACUCUGUGCUGUCCUCGGCCACCUCCUCCCCGCGGGCCAGCCCCGAGCCCCUGGCGCUGCACGAGGACACACCACCCACCACCAGCAGCGACUCCGAGGAAGAACAAGAGGAUGAAGAAGAAAUCGAUGUCGUUUCUGUGGAAAAGAGGCAGACCCCUGCCAAAAGGUCAGAAUCGGGGUCACCCUCUGCGGGAAGUCACAGCAAACCUCCUCACAGCCCACUGGUCCUCAAGAGGUGCCACGUGUCCACCCAUCAGCACAACUACGCAGCACCCCCCUCCACCAGGAAGGACUAUCCCCCCGCCAAGAGGGCCAAGUUGGACAGUGGCCGAGUCCUGAAACAGAUCAGCAACAACCGCAAAUGUGCCAGCCCCAGGUCCUCGGACACGGAGGAGAAUGACAAGAGGCGGACACACAACGUCCUGGAACGCCAGAGGAGGAAUGAGCUGAAACGCAGCUUCUUCGCCCUGCGCGACCAGAUCCCAGAGUUGGAAAACAACGAAAAGGCCCCCAAGGUAGUUAUCCUUAAAAAAGCCACCGCGUACAUCCUGGCCGUCCAAGCAGAGGAGCAGAAGCUCAUUUCAGAGAAGGACUUGUUGCGGAAACGACGAGAACAGUUGAAACACAAACUUGAACAGCUACGGAACUCUUGUGCAUAAAGCUUGACCUAUGGGAGGGAGGAACUGGAAUCGCUCGUGACUUCUCACUUGUUACCAAGGGAAAGGAAGGGAAAAGGUUCCUCCUGACACAACUGCAGAACUCACUAGACAUAUGAACUUUUCAAAUGCAUGGUCAAGUGCAACCGCACAACCGUGGCUGGGUCUUGAGACUGAAAGGUUUAGCCAUAAUGUAAACUGCCUCAAAUAGGACUUUGGGCAUAAAAGAACGUUUUUUAUGCUUGCCAUCAUUUUUUUUUUUUUUUUCUUUAACAGAUUUGUAUUUAAGAAUUGUUUUUUUAAAAAAAUCUUAAAGUUUACCCAAUUUUGCUGUGUAAAUAUAGCCAUUAAAUGUAAAUAACUUUAAUAAAACGUUUAUAGCAGUUAUACAAAAUUCCAAUGUAUUAUAAACCAUAAUUUUUUUUAUUUAAAUACAUUUUCCUUUUUAAAGUUGAUUUUUUUUUUUUUAUU